AUGGAUGACACCAAGAACAAAUUCCAACGGGUGAUCCGUCGCCACUACCGCGAAAAAAGGGAGUUGCAAGCCCAAAUCCAUGCCCUGAACACUUCUGUCCCGAAGAAUGACAAAAGCAGAAGAAAGCAGAUGCUAGCUAACGCUGCCCGCCUCGAGGCCGAGAUGGAACAGAGGCACCGGCAGGAACUGGAGAAAUUUGAAGAAAAUCUUGACACCAGUGUAGAAUCGGUCAUAGCCGACCUCACGAAACUGAAUCUCGAGAAUAUGCCUCCACGCCCAUCAAAGUCCCUGAAAACGUGUGGUCGACGAGCUAACGUGGAGAGGCGACGCCAGGAGAGGGUACCUGCGGCCCAGGCCGAGCAGCUCACCAGCCACCGUCGUGAGGAAGAAGAGAAGGUCGCUGCCAUCCUAGAAGCCAGAAAUCUGGAGAUGAAGACCAUCCCUGCUGAUGGCCACUGCAUGUACCGUGCCAUCCAGGACCAGCUGGAGUUCUCUAUGUCAGUGGAGAGUCUACGCUACCGCACAGCCUACUACAUGCGGAAACACAUUGAUGACUUCUUACCUUUCUUCACCGAACCCGAGGCCGGCAACUUCUACACCAGAGAGGACUUCCUGAGGUACUGUGAUGACAUCGUGCACAAGGCUUCUUGGGGCAGCCAGCUGGAACUGAGAGCCAUGUCGCAUGUCCUGCAGACCCCCAUCGAGGUGGUACAGGCCAACUUGCCCAUCAUUGUCAUCGGGGAGGAGUACACCCGGAAGCCGCUCACACUGGUCUAUCUGCACCACGCCUGCAACUUCGGAGAGCACUACAACUCAGUGAAGGCCCUCGAAGCCUCUGGAGCCACUGGAGGCGUGGCACCGUGCCUGAUCUAG